GUGUGCUAACUUUCCCUCGCCACAGAUAGACUACUACUGGAUGUUUAGCAUUUUUCUUUGACCUCAUAUUUGGUCUCAAAUGCUGAUACUAUGUGGGAAUGCAUAAAGGAGAGUGGCCAGCCAACCAAAGAGCGCAGCGGCGACUUAUCCAUGAGGUCACAAAAGACCCCACAACAACAUCCAAAGAACUGAAGGCCUCACUUGCCUCAGUUAAGGGAGCUGAACCGGACCUCCAAGCUGCUGGCGGACGGUACAGAGCUGUGCUCAGCCUGUGAAUUCAGGGAGCAUAGCAAGCAGAUGAGACUCUACAGCAUCAAGUCCCAGAUCCUCAGCAUCCUGCGGCUUGAACAGGCCCCCAACAUUAGCAGGGACAUGAUCCAGCAGCUGCUCCCCAAAGCACCGCCUCUGACGCAGCUCCUGGACCAGUAUGAUCCGCGGGUGGAAGACGAGGACCACGCCACCACAGAAACCAUCAUCACCAUGGCAACCAAGUCAGACUCCAUCCCAACAGACAGGUUGUCCUAUUGCCUGUUCAGCCUCAGUCCAAAGAUCCACCCUGAGAACAUCCUGAGCGCUCAGCUGUGGGUUCACCUGCGGCCAGUCGACAUGGUUACCACAGUCUUCCUGCAGAUCUCACGCCUCAAACCCGAUAAGGAGGGAAACAACACCCGGGUCAGAGUGCGUUCUUUAAAGGUUGACACUGAUGCCGGCGCUGGAUCCUGGCAGAGCAUCGACAUUAAGUCUCUGCUUCAGGCAUGGCUGCGUCAACCAGAGAGCAACUACGGCAUUGACAUCAAUGCUUUUGACCCCCAAGGAGAAGAUCUGGCGGUCACAUCUGCAGAGCCUGGAGAGGAAGGGCUGCAACCGUUCAUUGAAGUCAAGAUACAGGACAGCCCAAAGAGAUCCCGGCGCGACUCAGGCCUAAACUGCAACGAAGAGUCUGCGGAAACACGUUGCUGCCGUUACCCGCUCACUGUGGACUUUGAGGAGUUCGGCUGGGACUGGAUCAUCGCGCCAAAGCGCUAUCGAGCCAACUACUGCUCAGGGGAGUGCGAGUUCUUGCACCUGCAGCAGUACCCGCACGCACACCUGGUGAAUAAGGCCAACCCGCGAGGCACAGCGGGACCCUGCUGCACGCCCACAAAGAUGUCGCCCAUCAACAUGCUCUACUUCAACCGCAAGGAGCAGAUCAUCUACGGAAAGAUCCCUUCUAUGGUGGUGGACCACUGUGGCUGCUCCUGAUGCACACAACACGCAACAGUAGAGCGCAUGGGAGCAGCACUCGAUGCAACGAUUAGAUGCAGUUGUGGAUUUGUAGAGUUUUAAAAAGCUAUCUAUGAGCAACAACACAGUAUCUGUUUUAGUGCAUUUAGUUUUGCACAGGACUGUGAGCCACACUCGGCUGUGAUGGACCCCUGCUGCUUCCUGUCCCUUCUGUCUCAUUUGAGCUUUGGCCAAAAGAAAGCCUGCAUGAUGUCUAACAUGUGCUUUUAUUUGAAAAACAUUGAACUGAAUGCCCUUUCCUUCCCCACGCAUGUUUGCAAACCCCUCACUGGGAAUCACAUGCCAUUAAUUUAUCAGGACAUUUACAGAGGGCGUGUACAAUUUAUAGGAUAAGAUAAGAUAAGAUAAUGUUUACUGUCAUGUUCAUAUUAAGGAAAACAAGAAAAAAAUGAAAUUAUUUUUUUUCUGCUGUCGACAAUGAAUGCCAAACACAACAUAAGAAAUAAUACAAAAGGUAAAAAUGCAAACGAGAAGAAUAAAUAAUGCAGAAAUAUAAACGUACUCAAAGAUCUAAAACGCUUUCAGGGCACACUAUUUUUUUGAUUUAUUGUUCACUAAAUCUAAUCUAAGUCUAAAUCUGUGUUUGUGAGCACUUCCCAAAUAAUGCCAAAAUAAUCCAUCCACCUCAGUGGUGUGGCAUAUCAAGACACUGAUUAGCCAGCAUUAUUGUUGCGCAGGUGUGCUCUUGGCUGGCCACAGUAAAAGGCCACUCCAAAAUAUGCAGUAUUGCAGUAUCUGUUGUGCUUUAGUAGACACAGAGAGUUCAGCUCAUGAAAGAUGGGAGCAAAAAGAAAAGUGUGGUGUUAAUAUUUUUGUUGAGUGUAUGUCCAUCUGGGGGCAAAGUAUAUGUGCGGUGGUAACAAAAUUAUGUAAACUGAGCAAUGUGCAAACAGUAAUAUGUAAAUAGUGAAAUAUGCAAACUCAUCCAAUUUUUUUUUCAUUGAAAAGUGAAAGUCUGCUUUCAAAGGUGCACAGUGUGAGGCAUGAAGGAAUAUGUGAGUUAUAUAUUUGCAUGCUAAUGAUACACACACACUUGCUAGCACACACAUUACACUUGACAAAAUGAAUAUAUUGAUUUUUCUCAUAGAUCAUAUUUCUGCAUGCUAAAUAUUAUAGUAUAAGCUACAGUUGUAAUUGAGGUAAAUCGGGUUUAAAGUAUCGCACACAAUCACACAAUACAGUCUACUAUCACACUGGGAUUUAAGAGGUAUUGACAAGUGGAAAAUCUCUGAUUGGAUCAGCACAAGAUACUUCUAAGGAGACCCCCCUUUUUUGAUCUGAGGGGCGUAGGGUCAGUAUCGGAUAUGUGGCCUCGGACAAAAGAGUGGGGCAGACAUUUUUGAGAGGAGCGAUGAUGUGACAGGAUGUCUCCUUUCUUGAGAUACCUUUCCCAUUACAAAUAGGUGAAAUGGUGGUGAAAAGUAUGCAGAGUUUUCCCCUUGAAGAAAGUGGUGGGGGGGAUGUCAUAAGGAGUUUUGUCUUGAUUUGAUGCUGCGUGCAGAUGUCCCGGGUGUUGUGCUUCAUGGGGUUUUCUGACCCAAACUGUUGGGACACAGUGUCCACAAGAUGCCCGUUACUGUACUGACCUUGAGUUCACAUUUCGUACCAAAGAAGUCACUGCACUCAACUAACUUUAUACUCAGCAAGUCACCAAGCAGAUGGGAAAGGGAAACUUAUAACCUUCUUUUGUUAAAUGACGUGCCAACAGUAUUAAUUGUGUUUAUCCCUGCAACACAUUAAA